AUGGCUACAAGAGGUGAUAAAGGAAAUGGAAAUGGCGAGGAACAAAUCGUUGAGACGUUGGCAGAGGUGUUCCGGUGCUUCAUCUGUAUGGAGAAGCUGGUGGACGCCCACCUCUGUCCGCACUGUUCCAAGCUUUGUUGUUAUGCUUGCGUGAGGCGAUGGCUUACGGAACAAAGGUCCCAGUGCCCUCACUGCCGAGCAGCUUUGCAUCUUCAUGAGUUAGUCAACUGCCGCUGGGUAGAGGAAGUAACACAGCAAAUUGAAACCAUGCAACAGAGCAAUUCAGUGUGCCAAAGAGAAAACUUUAGGGAUAGAUGCCCGACACAUCAAGAGAAGCUGACUGUUUACUGCUGGACUUGUCGCCGUUGUAUUUGCCAUCAGUGCGCUCUCUGGGGUGGUACACAUACCGGCCAUACAUUCAAACCACUGGAAGAAGUGUAUGAGCAGCACGUCACUCAGAUCCGAGAUGAAGUCUCCCAGCUCCGACGUCGUCUAUUGGAGCUUAUCAGCCUGGUCCAGGAUGUUGAAAGAAAUGUGGAGUCAGUUCGUUCAGCGAAGGACGAACGUGUUCGUGAAAUAAGAAAUGCAGUUGAGCUGAUGAUAUCUCGCCUGGACUCGGCGUUGAAGGCCAAACUGUUGACUCUCAUGGGGCAGAAGAACAGUCUCACGCAGGAGACGGAACAGUUGGAGCAUUUACUGCAGGAGAUUGAACAUCAACUACACUCUAGCACCAGAUCCGAACUGAUAGCAAAGAGCGGGGAUCUAUCGAAAAUGAUCCAUCAAGUCCGCAAGAAACCCAUGGCUAGCUUCGUGACAGCGCCAGUACCGGCCGAUUUUCAUAGGCAAGUACAGUUCUACAAUGAAAUCGUGCCGAGCUACGACAGCAGCACGUUCCCCCUCACAAACUUCACUCAACUUCAACACGCGGCGUCUCCCGUGUAUUCUGCUCCGCUGCACGUGAAUGGCCUUUGCUGGCGGCUCAAAGUGUACCCGGACGGUAAUGGAGUAGUGCGCGGGAACUACCUAUCCGUGUUCCUAGAACUAAGCGCCGGACUACCGGAAACUUCCAACAGGGUAGGCAAGAGGUACGAAUAUCGUGUGGAGAUGCUGCACCAGGUGUCCCGUGACCCGUCCAAGAAUAUUGUACGGGAGUUCGCUUCGGACUUCGAGGUUGGGGAGUGCUGGGGUUACAACCGCUUCUUUAGAUUGGACCUUUUGGCGAGCGAGGGGUACUUGAAUCCUGACACCGAUACGCUCAUCUUGAGAUUCCAAGUGCGUCCGCCGACCUUCUACCAGCGCUGCCGCGACCAGCAGUGGUACAUCAACCAGUUGAUAACUAUACAGAACCAACACAUACUACAGAUUAAUGAUCUCAAAGAGCGUCUAACACUGGAGAUGUCCCACAACACGUUGGUGCCGACCCGCGCGACCCCCAACCCCGUGACAUCACAGGCGGACGACAACCCCACACAGAACAACCCGGUGGACGGGAACAGUCUGAGCGACUCACUAGUGUACAACCAGUGGAAGUUUAACAGUCCGCACAGUGUAGUGAGCGGACAGAGGCUGACCAGCCCAGGUAUUAUGAACACGGCGUUGUUCGAGGAUUCGUGUAGCAGCGUUUGUCGCAGCUCGCUAGGGGCGGGCGCUAUAUGUUACGGGGACUACGGCGGUGAACGAGCUAAGACUACGGCCCAGCAUGCGCUUGACUCGCCCUACAAUCUGCCUUCUACAUCGAGAUCAGCGAGUUCCGUGCAAGCCACGAGCGGCGGCGGUGUGGGCGCGUCUGUAGCGGGGGACAAGUUGUCGCUAGUGUCGCUACACACGUUACUGAGCGCGGCCGGCAGCGCGCCGCGACCACGGACCAGGCAGAGGCACGACUUCCUCACAGCUGACUCACCGCUUAUAGCGGUGGCGAGUACUCCGGUCAACGAGGUGAACUCUGCGAGUGGCAGCGGUGUGUGUGCGUCCCUGUCGUCACCCGAGCUGAGCGGCGAGGGGGCGAAGGCCGAGGCUGCGCCCGCCAGCCCCGAGCCGCAACCGAACGCCCCCUCAGAGUCCAGCAGCGAUACCGGGCAGGAUAUAAUGUUCAGUGAGUUGGAUGGUUUCGUAGAUGAUAACAAUCAGAGUCACGUGGAGGAGAACUCCAACGAGGAGAACGACGUGGACGAGGAGACCAUGUCCGAGGGGUCGUCAGGUAGCGGGUGUUCGUGGUGCGCACUGGACGAGCGGCCGGGGUCGCCGACCUCCCCCCCCUCGCCCUUGUCCCCGUCCCCCGCGGGGUCCCUCUGCUCGGAGGCUCCGGUCCGCCGCCGCCUGCGCCGCGCGGCCCCCUACCGCCGCUCGCGCCCGCCAGCGGAGCCCUCGCCCUCCGCACACGUCGGCUGCGUCGCACUAUACCGCAUAUCAUAA